CUUUUAGAGUCCAAAGAGUAUGCCAGGCUUCAGGAAUGGGACAACUUCCACGUGUUUCCCAGUAGAGCUGAAAACCUGGUGUCAAGAAGAGCCCCGACAGCUCUUUACCAUGAAGGCGUCAGUAGGUACAUGGAAGGGCAAGUCCUCUACCUGCAAAAGCAGAUUGAGGAGCGAGCUGAGAACACUGAAGACCAUGGAGGCCAGCUGCUCAAGGACUUGGAGAGUCUGGUGGCUCAGAACACCACUGGCCCUGUCUUCUACCCAAGGCUCUACCACCUGAUGGCCUACGAAGGGCAGAACUGUGACCUGUUCCUGAACACAGCCUUACAGCUCUCUGAAACACAGGGGAAUGUGCUGGAGAAAUGCUGGCUGAACAUGAACAAAGUAGGGACCAUCAGCCAGCAGGCGGGGGUGGGGAUGCCUGCCCUCCUAAGGAAGACCCAGAAGUCGACCGCCGUGUUAGCAUUCCCCAGGCAUGGACGGCCAUGA